AUGUUAAAAAGCAAUUCUUAUCAUAUAAAGACACCUAGAAAAUUUAGACAACCAAAUAUGUUAUCAUAAGAAUUAUUGUAAAAAUUAACUCAAUCGAAACUAGAAAAUAGAUAAUAGAAAGAAUAUUUUGAUAAACUUAUAUUAAUUAAUGGAGCCAAAAAAGUAAAAUAAAUUUCUAGAUCCAUUGAAGGAGGAUCUUAAAGUUAUAGAGAAAUAGUAUAAUAAAGUUUAAAUCUUUUUAAUUUAAAUAAAGAAGUUAUAUCAAAGGAUUUAAGUUAAAGAAAGUCAAAUGAAGAAAUACAAAGUACUUAAAAAAAAUCAAGACAUGUCAGUCAUAUUAGUUAAAUAUGGACAAAAAGGAAUAGAACUGAUAGCAAUUCCUUAACUCCAAGGAAAGUGGGAGUAAACGAUUUUAUAUUAAAUGCGAGCGCUUUUUUAAAGGAAAAGCAAUUAGAAAAUUAAUUAGACAAACUCUCUUAUCAAAUAGUAUAACUUUAAAAUAAAUCUAAUUAAUUGGAGAUAUAAAAUAGAAUGUUAUUUUCAAAUUUGUAAUAAUAUUAAUAAGAUUCUCAUAACAUGAAAGUAUUAUGAAUUUUAUAUUUAGGAUAGGCAUUCUCUUAUUCAAAAAUUAGAUACAAUGAUUGUGAUGUAAUAACGAUAGGAAGAAAAUCUUAAUUACUUUAAAUAAUUAUUUAAAGAGAAUAGUGAUGAGAACAAGAAAACAUCUAAUUCCCUCCCAAAACUUAGACCGGCAGGUUUAUCAGCAUAUCUUGGUUUAAAAAUUUGA